CUGCCUGGCGCGGGGCGCGCGCGGGACGGAGGGGGGCGAGCGGCGGCUCCGUGAGGGCUCCGGGCGGCGGCGGCUCCGUGAGGGCUCCGGCGGCGGCUGCGGCAUGUUUCAGACCUUGUACAGCUAUUUUUGGUGGGAACGGCUCUGGCUCCCGGCAAACCUCACCUGGGCUGACCUGGAGGACCGGGAUGGGCGAGUCUAUGCCAAAGCCUCUGACCUGUACAUCACCCUCCCCUUUGCCUUCCUCUUCCUCGUUGUCCGGCACCUCUUUGAGACGUACGUGGCCACCCCCCUGGCCGGGCUCCUGAACGUCAAGGAGAAGGUGCGGUUAAAAGCCACCCCCAAUGCGGUGCUGGAGAGGUUUUAUGCUGCCACCAGCAAACACCCCAAGCAGGCCGACGUGGAGAUGCUCUCCAAGAAGAGCGGCUGCAGCGUGCGCCAGGUCGAGCGCUGGUUCCGCCGCCGCCGCAACCAGGACCGGCCCAGCCUGCUCAAGAAGUUCAGGGAGGCCAGUUGGAGAUUCACCUUUUACCUUAUUGCUUUCAUUGCUGGCAUGGCUGUCAUAGUGGAUAAACCUUGGUUCUACGACCUCCGGGAGGUGUGGAAGGGGUACCCCAUCCAGAGCGUGCUGCCCUCCCAGUACUGGUACUACAUGAUCGAGCUCUCCUUCUACUGGUCCCUGCUCUUCAGCAUCGCCUCCGACGUCAAGCGCAAGGACUUCAAAGAGCAAAUCAUCCACCACGUGGCCACCAUCAUCCUCAUCAGCUUCUCCUGGUUUGCCAACUACGUCCGUGCCGGGACGCUCAUCAUGGCCCUGCACGACUCCUCGGAUUAUCUGCUGGAGUCUGCCAAAAUGUUCAACUAUGCUGGGUGGAGGAACACCUGCAACAACAUCUUCAUCGUCUUCGCUGCGGUCUUCAUCGUCACCCGCCUGGUCAUCCUGCCCUUCUGGAUCAUGCACUGCACAAUGGUUUAUCCGCUGGACCUCUACCCUGCUUUCUUUGGCUACUACUUCUUCAACUUCAUGAUGGUGGUGCUGCAGGUGCUGCACAUCUUCUGGGCCUACCUCAUCAUCCGCAUGGCCCAGAAGUUCAUAACUGGAAAGGUGGUGGAGGACGAGCGGAGCGACCGCGAGGAGACGGACAACUCUGAGGAGGAGGAGGAGGUGGCCAAGAACGGUCCCCUCUCCAAUGGCCACCCUGUCCUCAACAACAACCACCGCAAAACCGACUGAGCGCCCCGGACCCGAGAGCUGCCGCCAC